UGCAAGUAUGGCGGCGCCCGGCAUGGUACAUUGGGUACGGAUUUGGUCCAGUUGCCUUAAAAAUGUGCAGCGACAGGGGUCGGGGCGUGUUGUAUGUGCGAGCAGAGUGUCGUACAGCUCUUCUUCUGACACAGGUGAAGGUGGCUUUCCCAAGAUGCAGUUCGCUGAUGAAAAGGUACAAGAUAUUCUCACCCAAAUCACUGGACUAGACCUGCAGAAGGUGUUUCGUCCCGUGAAGGAGGAGCUGAAGCCACCGGCAUACAAACUCAUGACAGAUGCACAGCUCCAGGAGGCAAACAGCAGGGCGGUGGAGGAGGCCAGGAGGAGGCUUAAGAUGACUCCAGUGCUCCCUGAGCGUAAGCCAAUUCAAGACAUUCUUGCACACGACAAGGUCCUGGCAGGUAUGGAGACUGCCAAAUACGUCUUCACUGACAUCACGUUCGAGACACCCCACAGACAACGUUUCGUGGUCGUGCGAGAACCAGAUGGCUGCCUUCGUAAAGCGUCAUGGGAGGAACGGGAUCGAAUGAUACAGGUGUACUUCCCCAAACAUGGCAGGAAGAUCACUCCUCCUCCAAUCUUCCAGGAGGCGAACCUCAAGAAUGUAUACCGGCAAGACCAACACGAGGCGCUCUUGGACCUGUGCCUUGCUCAGUUUGAACCCGAUUCUGCCGAGUAUAAGAAGGUUCACCGGCUGACAUACGAAGACAUUGAAAAGCAGGGCAAGUACAAUCUACUUCGAUCCACACGCCACUUCGGGGGCAUGGCCUGGCACCUGGUGAUGAGCAGGAAUGUAGAUGGCCUGCUUGUGGACAUGCUGCAGAGGGACCUAGUACAUGAUGCUGUAAGCUUGGUCAGUCUGUUCAACUUGGUCCACCCUCAAAGUGAGUCGGCUGAAGAGGCACGCAAGCUGAACGCAAAGGGCCUUGAUCUUCUUAAGGUGUAUGCCAAGGAAGAGUCCCAGAGGGCAGGUUACAUUGAACUGGCGCUACAGGCCCAUCAGCGGACAUUCUAAGAAAGUGUCAUUUCACCAAGUCCAUCAAGUAAUCUACGAAAAUAGUGGUAUUUCCUGAUAAGCAGUGAGCUGGAAUCACCAGAGGGUCAUAAACUGUUUACCCAUAACUUGGACCACUGCAUUAUCUGCUUCAUAUUUGUCAAAGUUAAGGAGAGAUGUGAAAAAUAUAGACAAAGAACAUAGCCCUGUGCACCCCACUGCAAUGUUACGGGGUCCUUUUUUCCCACACCAGGCUCCUGUAUUCGCAUCAUUCAGAUUCCGUUGUAAAUAAAUACU